UCGGUGAUUUCUCGAAACAGUAAGAUAGCAAUUCAAUUUAGAUAUUUCUGCAUUUGCAAAUCCAGACGGUGUUAACUGUACUAUUGUUACAAAUUGUUAAUUGUUACAAAGUACUGUAAUUAUAAUAAACACAUCAUUGUAAUCUAUAGAAAUGCUUCAAGUGGGAAUUAGUAUGGCAUUUUCACAUAUCUUAUUAAACAGAUUAAUAUUUAUCAUGAUAAUUAUACUACCUACUGCAAAAUUUACGAAAAAUGACACUGAACUUAAUUACAAUGUUUUGAAUGGCAAUUUUAAACCACUGCAUUAUGGUGUCAAAAUAGAAUAUGACGUAUACAGAAAUGUCUUUCUUGGAGAGUGCAAUAUCACCAUCCAGAUUAAUCGCCCAACGGAAAAUAUAACUAUAAACACAAACACUAUCUCCAUAGAGCAAAUUGAUCUGUUUGACGACGAUUAUAAUGAGAUGUUCAGCAUCCAAAUGUUUUCAUUUAUCAAUGAAUUUAAAAAAAAGUAUAUUCAUCUUGAUUUUAUCCAGUUAUCAGGGGAUGUUUUAUAUCCUGAUACGUAUAUCUUAAAAUUCAUAUAUAGCGGUAUGAUAUUCGAUGACGAAAAGGACGCAGACAAUGAAAAGAACAAAAUGUUAAACAAGAAAAGCAUUAAAGUAAUAAAAGCAGUUGAAUUAUUUCCAUGUUGGAACGAGGCAAUAUUUAAAACAACCUUUAACAUUUCUAUCAAGCAUCAUAAAGACUAUAAGUUUUUAUCGAGUAUGCCGAUACGAAUACAAGUUGAAAACUUGGAUAACACUCUGUGGACUUACUUUGACAAAUCACCUUUAAUGUCCGCUAAACAUUUAACAAUUGUGAAAUCCACAUUCACUAAUUUCUUCGCUUCUAUUAAAAAUGUCAAAUUUUGGUAUAGAAAAGAAAUGAUCGACCAGGUGCGAUUCGCAGAAAACAUUGUCCAAGAUGUCAUAUACUAUUUGCAACUAAAAAGUAGAGCAAUAAUACCAAAAAUAGAUUACUUUGUAAUUGAGGACUUUCAACAUAGUAACGAAAAGACGCGGGGAUUCAUUCUAUUAAGGGAAGAAGAUAUUAUUUAUAAUUAUACAUUACAUCCCGUUCGCAAAAUGGAAGUGGCAAACUUAAUAGCACGUAAAACGAUUUCUUAUUGGUAUGAUGAUAUGUUUCUGUGGUCCAAAGAAGGAUUUAUUACGUUUCUUGCAGCACUUAUUUUGAAUCAGACUCGGUUAUAUUCCAUGAUGGACUUAUUUUACAUCCAAGUACAACAGGAAUCUUUACGUUUCGAUGAUCUUCCUACAGAUUCUCUGCCAUUUAAAUCAUCCCGUUAUUAUAUCACAUCAUCUAUUAUAUGGCGCAUGUUAUAUCAUAUAAUAUCUGAUAUGAAGUUUUGGACUAGUCUCAACAUGUAUAAAAACAUACAGCAUAAUCAGACAAACGCGACAGAUACUGAGAAUUUAUCUACUAUUGUAUCAUUUUGGAACGCUGUGGAAAGUAUUCUAGGUACAACAAGUAAUAUACGUAACUUUAAUAUAGAAGAUGUAAUCGAUAUUUGGUCAAUGCAAGGACAUUAUCCUGUACUGUACGUGACACGAAAUUAUUCUACUAACUCUUAGUAUCAAUCACAUAUAUUAAUUCUAAACAUAUACAAUUUCCUAAUAUGAAACAAUAUGAAUUAUACGUGGUAUAUACGACGAAAUCACUCAUGAACAUCGAGACACAUUACUUUUGGCUAUCUACACUAACACCGUACCAUUAUAUAUCGCACAAGAUUGACAUUAAUGAUUGGAUCAUUCUCAAUUUACAACAAGGGUACUAUCGCGUUAAUUAUGAUUUGGAAAACUGGAAAAGACUUGCCUGGUAUUUGUACAAUGAAAAUUAUAACACGAUUCCUGUUCUGAAUCGAGCCCUAAUCAUCGAUGAUGCGUUUUACUUUUUGACGCAAAAGCAACUCAGUAUCAACUUGUUUUGGGAUAUUACAAGCUUUCUAUUAAAAGAUACGGACUAUGUAGCAUGGUAUCCUAUGAUUAAAGCUGUUGAAUACAUGACAUGUGUCUGGGAAAUUCAACAUAAUGCCCUUAUAAAGGAGGUAAUUAAAGAAAUGUUCAAUAAACUUCUGCAAAAUAUAGGAUACGAUGACAAAUUUGACGAAAAUGAUUUUACUAAAUGUUUAAG